AUGAAUCUAGGAAAUGUAUAUAUAAUGUUUUCUAUAACAAACAAGGCUCACAGGAGGAAGAGUUAUUGCAUAAAUAAAAACAUAACACAUAAGAAGUCAGUUGAUUCUCUUAAAUCAAAAAAUGAAUUAACUAAACCAAUUAAAGAAGAAAAAGAAUCAAAUGAAAAGAAAAAAUUUUCAAUAACUGAUUUUGAUAUUGGAAAACCUCUUGGUCAUGGUACAUUUGGUAAUGUUUAUCUUGCAAAACUUAAAGGAGCUAAUUAUGUUUGUGCAUUAAAAAUUAUAUUUAAAACAAAAUUACAAGAGUCUAGGAUAGGUAUUCAAAUACAAAGAGAGGUAGACAUUCAAUCUCAACUUAACCAUCCUAAUAUUCUCAAAUUAUUCGGAUUUUUUGAAGAUAUCAAAAGGUGGUUCCUUGUUCUUGAAUAUUGUAAGAAUGGUGAAUUGUCUAGGUUAUUACAACAAGCUGGUCGUUUUGAUGAAAGAACGGCUGCUCGAUAUGUGAAACCAAUUGCAGAAGCUAUUGCUUACUGUCAUUCAAUAAAUUGUAUUCAUCGUGAUUUAAAACCAGAAAAUAUCAUGAUAGAUCAUAAUAACCAAGUCAAAUUAGCUGACUUUGGAUUGUCUGUUCAAACCAAGACAAAAAGAAAAACUUAUUGUGGUACUUUGGAGUAUUUGUCUCCUGAGCUUGUUGAAGGAAAAAGUUACGAAUAUUCUAUUGAUGAUUGGGCUAUUGGUGUUUUGACUUUUGAAUUAUGUACUGGAAGUGUUCCAUUCUAUUCGUCUAACAAGGAAUAUACUGUUAAAAAAAUAUGUCAUUCAGAUUAUAAUUUUCCUAUUUACUUGUCAGAAGAUUGCAAAGACUUUAUCCGCAGUUUUCUUGUUAUUGACCCUAACAAACGAUUAAAAGCUGUAGACUGUCUGAAUCAUCCAUGGAUAAUCAAAAACACAACAAAUUGA